UUAUUACCCUUUUCAUGCUACUCUCUUCUAUUAAUAUCCUGGUUGUUUGGUGAUUUUCUAUAUCUCCUUAGUAUUAUGCUCAUUUUGAUACGAUUUCGGACCCAAUAAUUGCAAUUUGCAAAACCCAUAUCUCAUUCUCUCUCUCAAACACUCACCCCAAAAAAAAAAAAAAAAAAAACUCACCCACCACAUAUUUCUUGAAAUGGAUUCAAGCAACAAUGAAACAACCCACGAAUUCCCACCAUACUUCAAAGUCUACAAAGAUGGUCGCAUAGAAAGGUACCCAGACCGUUUUGGCAACGGAGGUCAGGACCUUGUUGUACCCACAGGCCUAGACUCCAAAACCGGGGUCCAAACCAAAGACGUCGUCGUUUCACCCGAAUCAGGCGUAUCAGCCAGACUCUUCAUCCCCAAAAUCAACGGCCCAGAUCAGAAGUUUCCUCUAGUCGUUCACUACCACGGUGGGGGCUUCUGUCUUGGAUCGCCUUUCAUGAAAAUCUUUCAUAGCUUUCUUGUUUCCUUAGCCUCAGAAGCUAGUGCGGUUGUUAUUUCCGUUGACUAUAGGCGAGCCCCAGAGCAUGCUCUACCAGUUGCACAUGAAGAUUCUUGGGCCGCGAUGCAGUGGAUUUCAGCCCACUCAAAUGGGCAAGGCCCCGAACCGUGGUUGAACCAGUAUGCGGAUUUCGGGAGGGUUUUUGUGGGGGGUGAGAGUGCUGGGGCUAAUAUAGCCCAUUACGUUGCAGUCCAAGCUGGCGCUACGGGAUUGGCUGGUCCUAAUAUCAUUGGGACAAUCAUAUUGCACCCAUAUUUUGGUGGCAAAGAGAAUGAUAAAAUGAUUGAUUACAUGUACCCAACAAGUGCCGGGUUCAAGGAUCCGAUACUGUACCCGGAAGUGGAUCUGAAUUUGUCGAAGAUGGCUGGUAAGAAAGUGCUGGUUUGCCUGGCGGAGAAGGAUUGGCUGAAAGAUAGAGGUGUGGCUUAUUAUGAAACUUUGGCAAAGAGUGGUUGGAAUGGUACUGUGGGAUAUUUUGAGAGUGAAGGAGAGGGGCAUGGGUUUUUUCUGUUCAAUCCCAGCAGCGACAAGGUGGGGCCACUGAUAAAAGCCAUGGUUGAUUUCAUAAAUCAGAACUAAGUUAAUAUCGUUGGUUUGUCAUGUUUUGAAGACAUUGACUCAUUGAGCUGUAAUUGGACUCUGGUGGUGAGCUACGAAUGUCUUUGUUAUCUAGUGAUAUGAAAUAAAUGUGUUAGUUGAGUACUUUGAAUCUGGCGUCCCCAAUUAAUUAGUUUAUGGAUUGGCUUUAUAUAGAGAGUUCGUGGGAUAUUUCCUUGGAAAUAAAAGUUUAAGAUAAGAGGAUUCCAUUUUUUUUA